UAUCAGCAGCGUCCUGUGGCAAAGAAUUUUGUCUAUACCAAUAAUCUUAAAGUACUUCAACUAAAAGGAGUCAUUACCUUUUCUGGAGAGGAUUAUAAAUUACUGGGAGUGGAUUUAUCAGAGCUGUCUGAGCUGGAGAGAGCCCUGGAGGAAGCAGGACUGGACAAUGAAAUCCCCACCCUCUUCAUAGCAGAGGUGGUGCUCACCUACAUGGAAAAUAGAAGGUCAGAUGCCUUGAUUCAGUGGGCAGCAGAGCAUUUCUCUCAGGCAUGCUUUCUGCUGUAUGAACAGAUGCACCCAGAGGACCCCUUUGGACGUGUCAUGCAACAGCAUUUUAGCCAGCUGAACUCUGCACUUCAUUCUUUGUCACAGUACCCGGAUUGUGAAGCACAGCAGAGACGCUUUUUUGAAAAGGGCUGGACUGAGUGCAGUGUUAUGGAUAUGAAUGAAUUUUUCGCCUGUUGUACUCCAGAAGAUGAGCAGCAAAGAGUACAGGCUCUGGAGCCUUUUGAUGAAUAUGAGGAAUGGCAUCUGAAAUGUUCGCAUUACUUUGUCUUGACGGCAUCAAAGGGGAUGGAACCUUCCUGGACUCCAUUGCUCUCCAAUAUGACAGUUCCUUGCCAUGAUGGUCCUGUCAGGGUGGCUGGGAGUAUCACUGCAGCAGCGUGUGCAAUGCACUCUGAAAUUUCUGGCCUGAGACGUUACGGUCACCACUCUGUUCUUAUAAAACCCAAUGUGAUUCUCACCACUGGAGGCUUUGGGGAGGAGGAUGGACAGCACUGCCGUAUGAGAAAUUUUCAUGUGCUAAUUAAGCAUGCAGGCUACUGGAAAGCUGGCUCUGUAAAAAAGGAAAAUCCUGAUAAAAGAUGGGAUGAGCGGUUGUACCAUACUGUGUCAUGUCUCUCGAACAGCGUGGCCCUGGUGGUAGGAGGACGAACAUCCCCAUCAAGUGCAGGCUUGGGAAUGUUGUGGCUAAAGUUCCCUGAAACCUGUAAUGCCUCGGACCCAGGUGACAUUACCGUGGCGCUUGUAAGUGUGCAGACUGCUGAUGAACCAAACCUAUGCAACAAAUACCUUGUGAUAGUGACUUUUAUUAUAGAUGAGCUGCAAUCUUGCGAGAAGUACCUGUUUCUGUAUGGUGGCCGCUCUGCUAUGGAGCCUGUGCUAGGGGAUUGGUAUUUCCUGCACACUCAAGAACUUUCCUGCACUGUGAUUCCUGUUGAGGGUCCAGUACCAGAAAGCCGUCACUCUCACAGCGCCUGCAGCUGGAAAGGAGGAGUGCUCAUUGCAGGAGGUCUGGGAGCAGCUGAGCAGCCCUUAGGCUCAGUUUUCUUUCUGAGGGAGCUUGAACAAAGCUUUCAGUGGCAGACAGUAGAGACAUACCCUUCUCUCGUCCCAAGGUAUUCACAUACUGCACAUGUGCAUGAUGGAAAACUUCUGCUUGUUGGUGGAGUGUGGUUUCACUCGUCCUCUGUGCCAGGCAUCACUGUCAUUGACUUAAUGACUGGUCUCUGCUUGGACUAUGCAAUUAAUGUGGAGCAUCUGGAGUGGCCAUUAAUGCUACAUAAUCAUAGUAGUGUCUUUCUGCCAAAUGAGAAGGAGUUGUUGCUUAUCGGCGGUGGUGGGAACUGCUUCUCCUUUGGGACACACCUGAACCUGGAGCCUGUCUCGUUGAGCCUCAGCAGCAUCCUGACCAGCCACUGA